AUGUCGAAUGGCAUUCCCGCGGUACGGUGUAUUCCACAGAAAGGUCACAGCUUUUCACCCGGUCCCGAGCGCCUCGUUGCGUCGGAGAAUAUAUCUGUGCGGAACGGACAGAAUCCCACAGCUCCGUCGGCUGAUGAUACUGGAGAUGGCACCGAAACACCUUAUCAUCCGUUCAACGAGCAUUUCAGCCAUCACAAUAGAGGUGGUACGUGCACCUCACAAACAGAUGGGGAGGUGGCAGAUGAGUGCUAUUCCCCAAUAUAUGGUGACCCUCGGGGCGUUGGUUUAGUAGUCGACAUCUGCGAACCGGACCCAAGGAGGAAGAGCGGUCACUUCCUCGUCCCACGUAUCAGCCCAACACAUAUGGACCAGGGAACGAUCGACUACCUGCGCUAUAAGGGCGUCUUCGACUUGCCCACUCCUGCUGUCUGCGAAAUGAUCAUACAGACGUAUUUCCACUAUGUCCAUCCUUUUUUCCCAGUUGUCGAUGCCCGUUCAUUCAUUGAUACGUUUGAAAAUGCACGCAACGACCUAAGCCUGCAUCUCUUGUGGAGCAUGUCUCUAGCUGCCGCAAAUUUCGCAGAUGAAAGGACCUUGAAAGCCGCCAACUUUUCGUCUCGAAAAGAGAUGAAGCGUGCAAUGUAUAUCCGAGCUAAGGCUCUGUAUGACGCGGAAUAUGAAAGAAGAAAAAUUACGCUCAUUCAGGCAGUACUCCUGAUGGGGUUCUGGUAUUCGGACACUGAAGACAGGACUGGGUCUUGGCACUGGAACGGCAUUGCCAUUGGUCUGUGCCAAACGAUAGGGCUACAUCGGCAGCCAGACAGCAGCCGAAAACACAAUAAAGCCAUCUCGAUUAGCGACAUCAGACUCUGGCGGCACAUCUGGUGGAGCUGCUUUUACCGUGAAGUGUGGUUCUCUGCCGGCAUGGGCAGGCCUAUGCGCAUCAAUCUAGCCGACUGCAGUACCCCGAUGCCAGAUCAUAACGACUCUAGUAGCUUUCUCGCAGGGAUUCAGGAGAGUAUUCAGCAAAAGUACCUUCCUAAAGGCACUGGGGACUUAGCCAAACUGUGGACAGAGCUGUUGGCACUUACGGUCUCCUUAUCGAAGAUUCUCUCGUGGCAAAAUCAAGCGGAGCGGACACCACCCGGUAGGGGUGAAAUACAGGACAUGGACGAUAACAUCCGACAGUAUUAUUUUCGCAAAGACCACGACAUAGCUCACCGACAAAGUCAUAUUGUCUCCUUACAUGCGUACCACCUAGAGCUGUAUCUAGAGUCCGUUAUGUUGAUCCUAUACCGGCCAUUUAUAUUUGAUAAAUCAGACUUAUUUUGGCCCGAUGUCUCUGCGGACGAAUGGACAUCAACUGUGGUGCGGAGGACCAAAGAUGCCGCGACCAACACCAACAAGAUCCUCGGCAACAUGAUCAGUGCUGAUAUGAUCAGCAGCACUCAAGCGAUGGUGUGCAUUGCCUUGGUUCCCGCAUUGCAAAUCCAUCUCCUUGACACGAAAUCUGAGAAACAGCUGGUGCAACGAAUGGGCCGUCACAACCUUGAAUUUUGCAUGAUGGUUAUUGAAGAGCUCAAAACGGUAUACUUCGGUGCUGAAAUACUUUCCAGGAUGUUCACCAAGGCAAAGAGGCAGAUUUACAAUCAUACGCUUGCUCCCGCCGCAAUUACCCGGGGUGAUGCGCUUCACACCUCGCUUGGUUCCACGAUCGGCUCUACUCUAGAUGUGACAGACGAUGUACGCCAUGAUGAUGUGGAGAUAUUUGAUGUCUUCUCGACGAUGUUGAGUCCCUUUGCCCCAUCAACAGCCGGCGGGUUAUUCGACAAUGAUGGGCCAUUUACUUUCGAACCUGACAUGACGCUCGGCCAACUGAUGUUCCCUGAGUCCGAGUCCUCUGCAGAUACACGCUAG